CCAGGCUACUACUAGUUCCGUUCUCUGGGUUGUGUUUAGCUGCAUUAUUAAUUAUAUGGUGUCUUAUCACUAAGAAGCGCUGUCCUUCCCCACUGCAAAAAUUCAGGAUUUUUCAGUGUGGGUCCCAACAGAACCAGCAGGGGGGCAGAGACCAGCCUGAGUCAACCCCGUUGACAGCCAAUGAAUCAGCCAACUCCUUCCCAGAGACAGAUUUGAACAGACAGUGCUACGAAGGGGUUACCAACACACCACCACACUUCAUAACUGAAGUUGUGACACCAGUUUCUAAUGGUGACACACAGUCUUCCAGCAUCUUGGACUGGCAGCCAGUUCAGGAGCAUGAACAGCAGAGAAGAGCUGCUACAGAUGUUGUUUGGGGAGAUUUCGACAUGCUCUCUGAAGGGGAAAUUGCAGAACUGAAAGCUGCUGUUGCAACAAAUAACCCGCCAGAGCUGGCUUCUGCGCUGCAGGAGGUCAGCGAGGCAGUCAAGAAUGAAGGGCUCAAAGUUGCAGUAGUCGGAGAGACAGGAUCUGGAAAGUCAUCUUUUGUCAAUGCCACCCGGGGUCUGAAAGAACAUGAUGCAGAUGCUGCUGAGACUGGGGUGCUGGGAGACAUGAUGGUGGAGCCCAAGGCUUAUGCACAUCCCGAACACCCCAACGUAACACUAUGGGACCUGCCAGGGAUCGGGACAAUGAACUGUCCCUUAGAUACUUUCCUUGAGCAGCGUCACGUCAGACAUUAUGACUUGUUCAUUAUCAUCUCCUAUGAGCGCUUCACACACACCGACACCAGACUUGUGGAGGAGAUUCAAACACUGGGGAAGACAUUUUACUUUGUCCGUUCCAAAGUGGACUUGGACAUGGCGUCUGCACGGAGAAGAAACAUCUGUGAGGAGAGCGCCCUGCGGACAAUCAGAGAGGACUGUACAUCGCACCUGGGAGGAGAAACAGACGUUUUCCUUAUAUCCAGCUCGACCCCUGACAAAUUUGAUUUCCCCCCACUGCAGCGAACGUUAGCCGAUGCAUUCCGCCACCACAGGGCAUGUGCUUUGCAACGGGCUCUCUCAAAGAGUUCCUUACCCAUUUUGCAAAAGAUAAAAGUGCCAUUGUAGGAGGCAGAGCAGCUAUGGGGACAAACUCUCUACUCGGGUAACUCCAAUUUACGCCACCAGAUUA